AUGGGCGUUCGAAGAUUUUUCAAGUUAGACCCGGCAGAGGAACGCCGCCUCAAGAUGGGCUUGGCGGUCCACUUGAACCACCAAUACGACGCCGUGAACAUGGGCGAGCCCUCUGCUGUUCCCAUUGACGGCGUCGCGGCCUACCGCCCAGACGUUAUCGGCGACUUGCACAAGAAGUACUUGGACGCUACCUCGGCGGGCACCCCGGCCCCAGACGCAACGGUGGCCACUGUCAUUUCGGCUCUCUUCGUUAAGUGGUGCGCCCCAGGCAAAGUCUUUAACGUUGGGUACGUGAGCGAUUGGAUCUCCAAGAACUCCGCCUCUUGGGACAGCUCCAUCGAACGGCGGGCUGGCGGACUCCAGGCGCAGACGCCAUACGGGGCCCAACGCCUCACCUUGAGCAACCAGAGCUCGCUGUUCGGACUCAUCGCCCUCGGUGUCAAACAGUACUUGCACGGCAAAGUCGACGACCAUAUCGCCACGGCCCUCAAGAGCAUUCGGGUAAUGUUGUUCCUGGGCGCCGAGUCGGAGGACGUGGAGCUUUUGAACGCCAAUGAGAACAUAGCGAAGGAAGAGUACAAGCGGCACUCCGAGCUCGAGAACGUGACAGUGGUUCAACUGUGGUGCGAGUCCAUGCGUGCGGCAGGUUCCUUGGAUCCCACGAAGGCGCUCGACGUCUUCAAGUUCUCCGCGAUCUUGGGCGACCCUAGGCAGGCGACGCCAGCGUGGUUGUCCAAACUGGUCGGAUCUGUGGCACCGACGUGGUCGAACAAGGUUAAGGCGAUCAUGAAGCAGGAGUGCAAUCUGAAUUGGCUGAAGCAGAACAAGGUGCAGGCGUUGGACAUUCUCAUGGCGGACAUCUGGUCAGAACUCGGUAAGCAGGGAUUGGCCCACAAGCCUUUCCCGAUCACCCGCGCCAUCUGGGUGUCGCCCGAGAUCUUGACGACCGCGGCGUUCUCAACGACGAGGGAGAAGGAGGCGGUGCCCCCGUGCCGUGACGGACAGGCAGGGGAGCAGCUACAUAUUCGCAUGGCCCAGUACGCCGCCCGCCGCGUCUUCGAGUUCCGCAUGAAGCAUAAGACGGUCGACGCGUUCAGCAGCGCGCCAGCAUGGGUUGCGUUCGCCCGCCUUCUGCCUUUCAUCGAGAGCGUCCUCCAGUCGGAAUACGGCCCGGACAUGCGCGCGUGGCCAGAUCAGGCCACCGCCUUGCACAAGCAGCUCUGGGUGGGAGAACUCGACUCCGAUCUCAUCCAAGUCUCUACGCAGAUACCGGGCCACUUCGACGCCCGCCAUUCCGAGAUUGUAAAGCUCCUCACGUCGGUCUUUACGCCGUUGCAGCGGACCAUGAAGGCAGUGGCUGCCGCCAAGGCCACGCGCGUGACGGAGCAGCCGCCGCCGCCGCCCCUGGAGACGGCCAGCGCCGGCGACGGCGACGAGGGCGGCAGCGGCAUGACGGAGAAGACUGGCGACGUCACUAAUGAGCUGGCGGCCGGCUUGGACCUGGCGGAAAAGAAGAAGUUGGUCUCCGACUUGAACAAGCAGGCCCAGGCUAUCAGUGACCGCGACAAGUCUUUGCAGCGACAGAUUGAUCAGCGGGCCGCCGAGAUCAUUCGCAACCGGGUGGUGGUCAUGCGCUCCAGCACUGAGGCGAAGCACUGGAUGGAAUCCCGCGCCCCGGGAUAUGUUGCCCGGGCCAUCGUCGUCGACUUUGCUAUGGCUGGGAAGCUAGACUCGGGGCCUAAUGGAGUGCACAAGCUCCGCGAGCAGCUGGCGGGCACCCACGAGCAUUUGAGGUCCAUCUGCGUCCCCGUGCAGGAGUCAGAGGAAGACGGCGAGGGGUCCUCGGACGCCGGGGGCGGGUCGGACAAGCAGAAGAGUCAGCUCGACGAAGACUUUCUGAACGCGUGCGACCCGCACUUGAUGGACGAGGACCAGUUGAAAGUCAUUUUCGGCGACAAGGCCAAGCAGGUGGAGAGCAUCAUGUUCCAGCGCGCGUCCCGCAUCACCAGCGAGGCUGACUUCAUUCCAGUUAACGACGUCUUCAAGGUCGCGCUUGGCGCGCGAUCCCAACCGCGGGCGCACCGCAAAGGCCAAGCGCACCCCACCGUGUACAUCGAGGUGCUGCGCUCCGCGUUAAACUGCAGCCCGAUCCCUUUGUCAGACAACGAAGUCGCGGUGGUCAUGACAGGAGGUGCGCCAGAGGCCGUCGUGGCAGCGAUCGCGCGCGGGUACAAGCACGUGCUAGUGGUGACGCACGACGACAACGAGAAGCAGAUGCUACAUAUUCCACCCCUGGCCGAAGAACGAGAGUUCAACAUCGACUACGCAGCGUACUCUUCACCCGACCCUAUGGGCCCGCUGAAAGGCAUGCUGGCUGCAUGCGCCGUGCGCAUGUUGUAUCCAUUCAUCGCCAACUUCCUGCAUCGGCGCCCCGGUCACAAGGUGGAGCCCCCUGGCGAGAUGCACAUCCCGCCUCUGGAAACCUUUACCUUCAUCCCGCUCGCGGGCGCCAUCGUGGCCAGGCACGUCGGGGAGGGCGCGCCCGACGCGGCAGCUGCGACGGGGAAGACGCCGAAUGCCAAGAAAGCGGUGAGGGGGGCUGCGGAAUCGCCGAGCGCGGCCACCCCAGGCACUGGGAAGAGCAAAGGGGCCGACCAGGACGAGGAGGACGGCGAGGAGAACGAGAUCGAGGACGACGCUGGCGACAACGGCGAUGAGGAAGAGGACGACAUCACUUCCCAGUUGCAGAAGCUGGAGGAGUUAGAGAAGGGCUCCAGCGGGAAGAAGCCCGGCAAGCGGGGCGUUGCCUCUGGCGGCGGCGGCGGCCCAGGCAAGAAGAAGCCGAGGGCGUCGGCGAAGCCGAAGGCGUCGUGA